UGAAGUGUUGUUUGGCACAGGAACACAAGCUAGUUCAUAGAGAGAGAGAGAGAGAGAGAGAGAGAGAGAGAGUUGAAGACAGAGUUGAAAAUCCAAGUUGAUGAGAAGAAAAUUGAACCCCAACAACAACAACGACAUCAUCGCCAGCUGAAUCGGUAUCGCUUUGAUUUCUCAGUGACUCAUUCUGACUUCGUCAGAUUCAAGGACAACUGUUUAGUUUUCUUGAAUAGUGAAUCUCUCUUUUGUCACCUUUGCUGCCGAUAUUGAAGAUUGAUAUGAUGCUCUCUUCCCCAAUGCAUCACGUGCAGUACUGAUUCAAUACCUCUUGUUCUUAUCUCGUGUAUUUCAGUUGUGUAACCUGUAAUAGUGCCUGUUUGAUUUGUUACACCAAGCUGGCUAAUUAGUGGCUGACUGUGCUCGAAGUUCAAGCUUGUGAAUAUUGAUUUGUAACAUUAAGUUACAUUGUUAUUGGUGUUGAAAGGAAACAUCCUUAGGAAAAGUAAUAAAAACAUUUUAGUAUAGUUGUUGGAUGCGCUCUCGAGUUUGGUUUAAGAGAAGGGGAAAUGCUAUCAAGGUCAAAGAAUUAUAGCAUUUCCUAGUAUAUAUUUAUGUUCAGUGGUGUAUUUAAAUAAAAGUGUGAAUGUUAUGGUAUAAGAAGAAAAAUGGAGUAUAGUUUGGAAAAAAGAUUUCCUCUCAGCGCAACAGAUUACAAGUUAUAUGAAGAAGUUGGUGAAGGCGUUAGUGCCUCGGUGUACAGGGCUCUCUGCAUUCCACUCAAUGAGAUAGUGGCCAUCAAGGUUCUUGAUCUUGAAAAGUGCAAUAAUGAUUUGGAUGGCAUUCGGAGGGAGGUACAGACAAUGAGUUUGAUUGACCAUCCAAAUGUUUUACGAGCACAUUGCUCUUUUACUGCUGGACAUAAUCUUUGGGUUGUGAUGCCAUAUAUGGCCGGGGGAUCUUGCCUUCAUAUAAUGAAAUCUGCCUUUCCUGAGGGUUUUGAAGAGCCUGUUAUUGCUACUUUAUUGCGCGAGGUUCUCAGAGCUCUUGUCUAUCUUCAUGCCCAUGGCCACAUACACAGAGAUGUUAAGUCUGGGAAUAUUUUGCUUGAUUCUAAUGGGUCAAUCAAACUAGCUGACUUUGGAGUGUCAGCGUGUAUGUUUGAUGCUGGAGAUAGGCAACGUUCAAGAAAUACUUUUGUGGGAACACCUUGCUGGAUGGCUCCUGAAGUUAUGCAGCAAUUACAUGGAUAUGAUUUUAAAGCAGAUAUAUGGUCAUUUGGCAUAACAGCCCUUGAACUUGCUCAUGGUCAUGCCCCAUUUUCCAAGUAUCCACCAAUGAAAGUUUUGCUCAUGACAUUACAAAAUGCCCCUCCAGGUCUUGAUUAUGAAAGAGACAAGAGAUUUUCAAAGUCUUUCAAAGAGUUGGUUGCCACCUGCUUAGUGAAAGACCCAAAGAAGCGUCCAAGCUCAGAAAAGCUUUUAAAGCACCACUUCUUCAAACAUGCACGUGGCACUGAAUAUCUUGCCCGAACCAUUCUUGAAGGCCUUGCUCCAUUAGGAGAUCGUUUUAGAAUGCUGAAGGCUAAAGAAGCAGAUUUAUUGAUGCAGAACAAGGCUCUAUAUGAGGAUAAGGAACAGUUAUCUCAGAAAGAAUAUAUUCGAGGAAUUAGUGCAUGGAAUUUUAACCUGGAAGAUUUGAAAAGCCAAGCUGCUCUCAUUCAAGAUGCCGACAUAUCAAAUGCAGAAGAGCCAAAAGAGAUAUCUGAAUGCUUCAUGGUUCCAGCAGUGGGGCUAUCUCCUUUAGCAGCUAAUAAUUCUGAUGGUGCACCCACAUUGGACAAGGAGGAUGGAUUCAACAAUCUUAAGGAUUUAGAGAGUUCACUUGCUUCAUUUCCUAGUAAACCUCUUCAAGCACUUAAAGGUUGUUUUGAUGUUGGUGAGGAUGAUGUCAAUAAUACUAGUCCGAGAGAUUUGGAUCAUGAUUAUGGAAAAAUUGAUAAUGAAAGUUCUGGGCCUAGUAGUUCGCCACAACAAAAUGCUAUAACUCAGAAUAAAAAGUUUUCAAGUGGUCCUCUGCAGCAUGAUAAUUUUCUUCACAAAAAGGUUGUUACUGAUGGGGACAGGGAUUAUCUACAAACAAAGUAUUCUUCUGAACGGAAUCAUAGUGGUCCGCUGUUAUAUCGGCAGAAAAGAGAUACCAACAAUCUUCAACCGGUUGAUGACACAUCAGAAGGAGCAAUUGUCCAGCGCAGGGGGCGGUUUAAGGUCACAUCAGCAGAUAUUAGUCCAAUGGGUCCUUCAAACUGCAAUUCUGGCCCGUUUGGUGGAUGUCCUAGUAGUCCCCCUAAUCAGAACUCCAUGGCUUCCACCAUUCUUCCAUCACUUCAGUGCAUCUUGCAACAUAACAAUUUACAGAGGGAAGAAAUUACUAAAUUAAUAAAGUAUGCAGAGCAAUCUUGUGGAAAGAAUACAGAAUCAGUAGAGGCAGGGGCAGUUGAUCCUUUGCAGGUACCACCUGCAACAACUAGGGAGAGAGAGCUGCAUUUUCAGGUGAUUCAACUCCAACAGAGCAUUGGGAGCCUUGUAGAGGAAUUGCAAAGGCAAAAAAUGAAAAAUGUUCAGCUAGAGAAACAGUUGAACAGUAUGGUUAACAAAGGUCAAAAGUGAUAAAUGAACGUUAUCAAGGUUUCUCUGAUCUUGAACAACACCUAACGUUCAGUGAUAAACAUUCAAUGAUGGUUUGCGACAUGCUUGAGGGAUGGGGGAACGUCUCAGUUGUAUUUAACUUUUGUUUGCGGCAGACACCCAUUUUUGAGAUGCUAUUCCUUGAGUCACCCUUAAAAUGUAUUUAUUGAUCAUGUAAUUAAACCACCUCUCUUAUCUCCCUACCUAAAAUUUCCCUUAAGAAUUCAGAUUAAUGCAUAUAAUUUCUUAGCUCCCAAAUUUAGCAAUCUCUGUCUUGUGUUUACAAUAAGUAAUAAUGGUUGAUGGAUUUUGGAAAGUUUUAUAGAUAACUGCUGACAAUAAAUUUCCCUGUGGAUUGCAUUUCUAUUAUAAUGGAUAGUUGAACCUCA